GUGCUUUUAUUGCACCGGAUGUACACUGCUCAAUGUGACCUGUGUGGCUAACAGUUGUGUGUAAUACCUUCUUCAAGGAGCAAUUUAAAGCUUACAGAAUGUUUCUAACCGCCGUUAAUUUGGCUAAGGCAAAAUCCAAGAGCAUCCUGGUGCAGAUGGUGAGUGCUGCAGGGACAGGAUAUGCCUUCAAUGCAAAGAGGAACCGUCUCAGAGACAAGAUGGUGAUGCGCAAACAUGAUCCAGUCGUGAACAAGCACGUCCUAUUCUUUGAGAAGAAGAAGAUCAGAUCAAUUUAACCAUUCACCAAAAUAUAUGGACAACAUAAACCUACAAGGUUUAAACAGACUAUUUUUAUUGUCAUGGAUAUACAAAGUGUUUGUCAGUCAACAACUGAUUUUUUUUUAUUUUGGAAGACUUCCUCCUGGAUCAGUAAAAAGGCUGCUACUCUCCACACUGCAACAGAAACACCAGACUGGCUUUAGCAAACUCCCGAUUACCAACAUUUUAAAGAAGAAAGUAAUAAGUGAGGAUAUAUUGGGACCACCACAACUGUCUUGAUCUCCAGCUGUUCAGCCAUAGAAUAUGUUCUGACUGCUCAGUGGCUCUGCACUGUAUACAUCAUUGAUUGUGAUUCAGUCAAAUGUAAAACAUUUCAACCAGGUACAUGUACUUGAGCCACAUGUGAAAUAAUAUCUUUAUUGGGUAAUUCAAUAAAUUAUGUCAAUGCCGUA